UGUGUUGUCACCGGUGCGAUUAGUUUUCUUUAUUUUCAUCAUUUUUCGUUUUGUGCGUACCCAUGGAAAUUCCAGUUUAACCGAACAUGCAUAAAUAUUUAGCAGUUGUUGUUUAUAUUUCAAUGGUUCAUCGUCUAGUAAGCGGUGAACAAUACAGGAAAACCAUUCUAGAAGAACCGAAUUGCGGUGAAGUCGGAACGUUUUGCAAUAAUUUCGCCGAAAAAGAUGAUUUACCCAUUUUGGAGUGUUUAUUGUCUGUGGAUCCCGGUAAAUUGUCGAGUUUGAAUGAAUUAUGUUUGAAAACAAUUUGGAAUCAUACCAGAGAUUUGAUCAGCAAUGAGAGGGUGAAAGAAACCCUCAUGCCCUUUUGCAGGACCGAUAUCGACAAGCUGAACUGCAACAUUGAUGAAAAAGGCACAUAUUUAAAAUGUCUGACCAACAGCAAAGAUGACAUACAAAGUCCAGAUUGUAUUAAUAUGAUCGUCAGAUUGGAAAAUGUCGCUUUUCAGGACUACAAAUGGAUUACGAAUUUUCUGCAACACUGUGAGAGUGACAUAUCAAAGUUCCAGUGCGGCACAAUUGACGAAAAUAGUUGGGGUCAGUUCAAAACUUUGGCAUGUCUACAGACAAAUGUGGACAAUAUAAGGGACGAGUGUAAGAGAGAGGUGUUCAGGUUGUCUGAAAUGCAAUCUGAUGACAUAAAAAUGGACAGACAGUUGUAUUUAAAUUGUGCCGAGGACCACAUAAGAUAUUGUUCUCGGUUCCGAACGGGAAGCGGAAGGGUUUUGCAGUGCCUGAUGCAGCAGGAUCCGGAAAAGUUGUUGCAAAAGUGCAAACAGCAUUUAUUGCGCAGACAAAAACUCAUUGCACAAGACUACAAGAUCAGCAAGGGACUGAUGAAAGCUUGCAGAGAAGACAUCAAGAAGACUCACUGCAGAAAGCAAACGUCAGUGGACAGGAGCAUAAGACUCGCUCAAAUAUUGUUAUGUUUGGAGAAUCGCGUGAGGAACGGUACGAAGAUUCAGUCGGACUGCGAGGCGGAACUGUUGGAUCAUAGGAAAAUGCUGAUGGAGGACUACAGGUUGUCGCCCGAAAUUGUCAACGGGUGCAAGACGGAGAUCGGCCAGCAUUGCAAAGGAUUGGAGCUCGGCGGCAAAACUAUUCAUUGUUUGAUGAAUUUGGCCGUUACUAAAAACAAUGUUCUUCAAUCGGAGAACGGUGAACCGAAAAUCGACGACGAAUGUUUAAGAGCCCUGGAGAGUCUGGUGAAGGAAACGGACGCCGGUGAAGACUGGCACGUGGAUCCGGUCCUGAGGAUGGCCUGCGAGCCGGUGGUGCGAACCUCGUGUCGCGGCGUCAGAGGAGGCGACGCUCGAGUCAUGUCCUGUCUGAUGGACAACGUCGGCACCGAUCAGAUGACGCCGCAGUGCGAAGACGCCCUGAUGCAGAUCCAGUACUUCGUCGCCCGGGAUUUCAAGCUCGACCCGCAGCUGUACCGUGCCUGCAAAGCGGACGCGUUGAAUUAUUGUCACGAGGGUGGAGUCGAACAGGAGAACGCGGUCGGACCCAGCUACAGCCCGCACGUGUUCGCCUGUCUGUACAGAGUUUCGGUGCAGGACGGCGACGCCGACGGGGACGACGAUAGCGACAACAACAACAACAACAACAACAACAACAACAACAAGAAGGAUGGAAAAGGAAUCAAGCUGUCCAGGAACUGUCUGAUUCAGUUGAGGAGGACGAUGAGACAGCGGGCGUUGAGCGUCGAUUUGCAGCCGGAGAUCGAGGAGGUCUGCGUAGAAGAUCUGGGCAGAUUGUGUCACGACAAGUUCGAAAAGGGAGAAGAGAUGCUGUGUUUGCAGAGCAACUUCGAGGAACUGAGAGACGAUUGUCAAGCGGCGGUCGAAACGUUGACGGAAAUCGAAGCCGAACACGCCGAACUCAAUCCGUACAUAGUCAAACAUUGCAAGGAAGAGAUGAAGGAUCUGUGUCGGGAGGAACUGAAAAACGACGAGGGCGACGUGAUGGAGUGUCUGAUUCAACACAAGAACGAUCCGAAAAUCAAAUCGAAUCCGUCGUGUCGUGCCAGCAUCGAGCACUUUCAGUUCAUCUCGUUGAAAGAUGUGAAAUUCACGUACAAAUUCAAAGUCGCGUGCAAAAACAUCGCGAUGCGACUUUGUCCGCAAGCACGGAACAAAAGCGACGUGGUCCGAUGUUUAAGCGAGCAAAUGUUGAAUGCCACAGUUAACGGCAUCAAGAGUCUCGUGCCCAGAGAGUGCAAACAGCAGUUGAAGGCGCAGCUGCUGCAGCAGAGGGAGAACAUCGAUUUGGAUCCGAAGCUGAGACAAGCCUGCGACCAGGACAUCAAGGACAUGUGUUCGGACGUUUCGCCCGGCAACUCCGCGGUGUUGGAAUGUUUGAAGUCGCAACGGGAGAAACUGAGCAAGGAAUGCAGCAAGGAAAUUUUCAAAACGAAAAAGUUGGAAAUGUUCGACAACACCGUCGAUUACGCCCUUAAUACUAAUUGCGCCGAAACCAUUGAAAUGUUUUGUCCCCAUCACAACAAGGAAACCGUACUUGAAUGUUUAAAGAUAUACAGGGACGAAAAAGGGUUUAACAAAAAGUGUCGCAAAAUAGUUUUGAGCAGAAUGACGGAACAAAACACGAACGAACAGUUAAAUCCUUCGUUGCAGCAGAACUGCGGACCGGACAUAAAGAAGUUCUGCAAAGCACCGGCUGUGUUGAAGAGCAACCGUCAGAACUCGCCGGUGAUCAUGUGUUUGCGGGAACAAUUCAAACGGUCGCGUUUGAGCUCGCGAUGCGAAAAAGAGAUGGCCUCGAUUCUCAGAGAACAGGCGUUGAACGUUCAAGUCAAUCCGUUGAUACGUGCGGUUUGCCAAGACGAAUUGAAAACCGUUUGCGGUGGCGAAUAUGACGACGAAGACGCGGGCAAGAUCGAGGAAUGUUUGAAGGUUGCUCUGCUCAAGAAGAAGAUCAGGGCGCCGGAAUGUGCGGAAGAAAUCGCAAAUAUGAUUGUGGAGUCGCAGGCGGACAUAAACGUCGAUCCGCUUUUGCAGAAGGCUUGCAGUCUCGACUUGGGCAAGUUCUGUGCGGAGGUGCCCCAAGGCGGCGGCAGACUGAUUCAAUGUUUGAAGAACAAGUUGGAUUCGGACUCGUCGGAACUGUCACCGGUCUGCAAAGAUAUGUUGGCGAAACGAUUGGAAAUGUACAAAAAUGCCGAAAACCGGUUGCCGGAAAACAUGCAGCAGCUCUACUAUCAAAUGUCCGCUUCGCCGGCGAAACACUAUUUGUUCAUGGUGAUAUUGAUAAUGGCCUUUUCUAUAUUGGUGAUUGGUAUUUUCUGUGGUAGAGUCACUCACAGACACAGGACAUUCAAAAACAAAUAAACUUAACUUACCGCGUAUAAAAACGACGAAAACAAUCUUGUGAUAACAGAGUCAGAGAGGUCUUAUAUAAGUUCUUUAUUUUACAAAUGUUAAAUUUAGGCUAGUUGUAACUAACCAACUAACUAAUUCAAUUAUUGUAAAUAGGCAACGAUUUUGCGUCGACACACUUCACAACGAAACAGACAGACAUCACAAGUUGUUGAACGUUGUUGACGCGAAAUUCUUAUUAGGAUUAAGCAUCAACUGUAGAUUAGCGAGCUAGCUUUAGCUUUAUUUUGUACCUAUUAUUUUAAAUUUGACUGAAACGAUCGUAUCCUAAAUGUAAAUUUUUUAAAUUUUUGUUCACUUUUUGUAAAAUAGCCUUCUUUCCAUCUUGACACACUUAUUUUCAUUAAAAAAAAAAAAAAAAAUAAACGAAAAACAA